AUGGCAAACAGGUUUGUUUCAAUUUUUUUGAAAUUUCUCAUUGUCAUUUUUUUCAGCAAUUUUUGUUUUAGUUUUUUAAGUCCAAUAAACUCUAAAGCUCAUCGCUGGCCUCGUCGGGCGAGAAAUUCCAUUGGAAAAGGCCUCGUCAGAAGAAGGAGACACGUUGAUGAACAUCGGUCGCCGUUAGAAGAAAAUUUUUAUUCAAUCUAUUUUGGUUAGGCUAUUUUAUUGACGUAUCAUAUUAUCCGUGUAGAUUCGUUGUUCAUCCAACACUGGGUUCAACCAUUGUCCACUUCAGCGGCAUCAAAACGCUGUUUCCGGGAUUUCAUUCAUUCUUAA